AUGUCGCGGGACGUAAAAAUCGCCUACCUGAAAUCCCUCCAAGGAUACCUAUGGACCCAAGGCUACGCAUCCGGCUCACUACGCUGCCCGCUCUUCCCAGACGUGGCGCCGUCCAUGAAGAAAUGGCACGCCGCAGGAAUAACCAUCAUCAUAUACUCGUCCGGCUCUGUGGCCGCGCAGAAGCUGCUUUUCCAGUACACUAAUGCGGAGCCUACACCGGAUCUCCGAUCGCUGAUUAGCGACUAUUUCGAUACCGUGAAUGCGGGUGUUAAAUCGGAUAAGGAGAGUUAUGAGAAGAUCGCUAAGACGAGAGACGUCCAUAUUGGGAAGUGGCUGUUUUUGAGCGAUAAUGUGAAGGAGGUGCAGGCUGCGAAGGGGGCGGGUAUGAAGAGCUUUGUGGUGGUUAGGGAGGGGAAUGUGCCGUUGAGUGGGGACGAGAGGGAGGGGAAUAUUUUGGUGGGGAGCUUUGAGGAGGUUAAGCUUAAGGGGGAGGUGUAG